AUGGCGAAGCCAAGGAGGAAAAAGAGGACGCAUGUCGUGGAGAAUCCAGAUUCGGGGAAGAAGGGCCCGCCGAAGUCCAUGGUGUUCCGAAGAGGCCGCUUCGGGAACGUCAUCAAGGCGCUCGAGCACGACCUGCGCCAGGUCAUGCUGCCCCACACGGCUACGGGACUCAAGGAGUCCAAGCGCAACGUCCUGAAGGACUUCGUGUCAGUGGCCGGGCCCCUGGGCGUCACGCACUUCCUCAUGCUGACCGCCACGCAGCGCGCCAGCUACCUCCGGGUCUGCAAGGUCCCACGCGGUCCCACCCUGGCGAUGCGGAUCGUCAACUACUCGCUGGUGCGCGACGUGCAGGCCGCCGCCAAGCGUCCGCGCUACCCGCCGCAGGCCUUCCGUCACCCGCCGCUGGUCGUGAUGAACAACUUCGGCAAGGAGGAUCACAUGGCCCUCUCGAUGGCGAUGUUCCAGAACCUGUUCCCGCCCAUCGACGUCCAGGCGGCGCGGCUGUCGCAGUGCCAGCGCGUUGUGCUGCUCUCGCGCUCGAAGACCACGGGCCGCAUCUCCUUCCGGCACUACCUCGUCACCGCACGCGCCUCGGGCGUCUCGCGGGGCGUGCGCCGCCUCGUCGAGCGCCGCGGGGGGGGUGUGCCGGACCUGGGCCACCUGGGGGACGUGGCGGAGCUGCUGGGGGCCGGCGGGGAGGCGUCCGAGAGCGAGGCCGAGGACGACGACGCGCGGCUCGAGCUCGCGCAGGACUUCGUGGGGCGCGGGAACGUCGCGAACCAGCAGUCGGUGGUGAAGCUGCACGAGCUGGGGCCGCGCAUGGAGCUGGAGGUGGUCAAGGUGGAGGAGGGGCUGUGCGCGGGGGAGGUGCUGUUCCACGCGCACGUGCAGAAGACGGACGAGGAGAAGCGCGGGCUGCGGGACAAGGUGGCGGAGCGCGAGCGGCUGCGCGGCGAGCGGCGCGCGCAGCAGGAGGCGAACGUGCGGCGCAAGAAGGAGGAGAAGGCACGCCUGGAGGAGGAGAAGCCGAAGAAGAGGCGGCGCGCGGAGGCGGAGGGCGAGGGGGCCGCGCAGGCGGAAGAGGACGACGCGGACUGGUACCGCGACGAGGUCGGGGAGGAGCCCGACGACGACUUUGCAAGGGUGGCGGCGGCGCGGGCGCGCGGGAGUGGCAAGGAGCGGGCCGGGCGCCCGGACUGGAAGAAGAAGAAGGCGAAACGCGGCGGGGAGGGCGGGGAGGGCGCUGGCGGGCGCGAGCUGGGCGCGGGUGGCGCGAAGAUCGGGUUCAAGCAGCAGCGACAGGCGGGGGUGCGUGCGGGGAGGGGGAGGUCGGAGAAGGGGGCAGAGCGCGGGAAGAAGCGCGCGAAGGUGGACAAGGGGCGGAGGAAGUGA